CUUUGGUCUUAAUACUUUCAUUGCUGGAAGAGCAGAUAACUUCAGGAGGAUCUUGGACCCCUGGGAGAAAAAAGCCCAGAUUCAGACUGGGAAAAAAGGUGAGAGUCAGAAGACACAUCCUAUUGGCCAUAAGGUGAAGCUCUCUGCCAUUCCAUUUGGACGGGUGGAGUGUACAGAGAGAGAGCUGUUCACCAGAGGCAUUCUACCUCCAACACGAGAAGGAUUGCUUCAAGAGGAAGAACAUCUUAACAGCUAGCAGCAUUCGCUUCAUGAGCUUUUUAAGGGAGUGAGUUUUGGCUGAGGACAAGGUGGCAAAGAAAAGGCCAUAGAAUGUCGACCAUUGGCAGUUUUGAAGGGUUCGAGCCAGUGUCACUGAAGCCAGAUGAUGAUGACCAUCCCUCAGAAAGAGAGAGACUACCAGUUGAGGAGCGGAGCUCAGGAAGAGAUUCAGCAUCUGACAGGAUUGCAAGGCAACCUAGUGUGACUGAAUCAGCUCUCUAUCCAAAUCCCUUCCUUCAGCCACGUUCUACACGCAAAUACUUUGUUACUCGGCCAGGGGCAAUUGAGACAGCCAUAGAAGACUUAAAGGCCCACGUGGAAGAGAAAAGAGGUGAAGUGGUUCAAGGCUUCUGGCUCUUGACAGAAGUAGACCACUGGAACAAUGAGAAGGAAAGGCUGGUGGCUAUCACGGAAGACACCCUGCUGAUCUGCAAAUAUGACUUCAUCAUGCUCAGCUGUGUUCAGUUACAAUGCAUCCCCCUGAACAGCAUCUGUCGCAUCUGUCUGGGCAACUUUGUCUUUCCCGGAAAGUCCUUGGAUAAGAGACAGGGUGAAGGCAUCCGGAUCUUUUGGGGAAAGAGAGAAGAGCAGUCCCUCUUGUCCCGCUGGAACCCUUGGUCCACAGACGUUCCUUAUGCUACUUUUACUGAGCACCCCAUGAAGUACAGCAGUGAGAAAUUCAGCAAAAUUUGCAAGAUGUCUGCCUUUACGGCCCAGCUUGUGCCUGCUGUCCAGAAUGCUCACAAGACUUCCUCAGAACCUGGGAGAGGAAAAGGAGUGAUGGUUUCAACAGAACCAAUUCUUAUUGAGACCUACACCGGUCUGAUGUCAUUCAUUGGAAAUAGAAACAAACUAGGCUACUCCUUGGCUCGUGGCAGCGUAGGGUUUUAAAAUUGUAUCCUUGUAGGAUUACUUCUAUCAUUAGAUCUAUCAGCAUGCCAUCACUGGGGGUUCCUGGACGAUUUUCCUCUACAUUGCUGUAAACUAGGGUCAUUGUCUUUCCUAUUGUCUCCCAUCCACACACCCCAUCAUUUACAAACUUUAUAACAUGAGGACCCAUGUGUUGCUCCAUCUAAGGAAAUAUGGAGGUCAUCUAAGUUAAGAUAGUGUGUUUCAGACCUUUAUACAAAGGCUGAGAUAAUCCAUAAUUAAACCAUGAAUAUGUUAUCAAAUUAGUGCCUGGAUGUAAAGAGGGUUCUACGUAUGAAUACAUUCUCUUCCUGUC